GGAGCCGCACAACAAGCGCGAGGCGCCACAGAAGCACCGUCCUAGCCGCCGCUGUCCCGCCACUGUCCCGUCCAGCUCAAGAAGCGACACACGACGCGAGAACCGCCGACCGAAGCCGCGGACAUGACAGAACAGACGCGUUUCUUCCUCUGGCUGCAACUUUUCGCCGCUUGUGCGGUGUUUGCGGUGAACGGAGAUUAUUGCGAGGUGAACGUCUGCAGCAACGGAGGGACCUGUGUGAUCGGAGCAGGAGCUCCGUUCAUCUGCAUCUGCCCCGACGGGUUCACCGGAGAAACCUGCAAUGAAACCGAGACCGGGCCGUGCAACCCCAAUCCGUGCAAGAAUGACGCCAUCUGCGAACUGACCGGUCAUUCCCGCCGAGGAGACGUCUUCAGCGAGUACGUCUGCAAGUGCCAACCGGGCUUCGAUGGUGUUCACUGCCAGAACAGUGUCGAAGGGGCAGAUUUAAGUGCAAGAAAAGAUGUGAACGACUGUGCCGCCCAGCCGUGUGAAAACGGCGGCGUCUGCAGAGACCUGGAGGGAGACUUCAAAUGCCACUGCCCUUCCCCCUACGUCGGCAAGAACUGCCAGCUGCGCUGCAUUUCGCUGCUCGGCAUGGAGGGAGGCGGCAUCGCCGAGUCCCAGAUCUCGGCGUCGUCGGUCCGCUAUUGCCUGCUGGGCCUGCAGCGCUGGGGACCCGAACUGGCUCGCCUCAACAACAAGGGCCUGGUCAACGCCUGGAGCUCGGCCGCACACGACAAGAACCCCUGGAUAGAGAUUAACAUGCAGAGAAAGAUGCGCUUCACGGGCAUCGUGACGCAGGGCGCCAGCCGCAUAGGCUCAGCGGAGUUCAUCAAGGCCUUCAAGGUGGCCUCCAGCUUGGAUGGCAGGACGUACACCAUGUACAGGACCGACGGACAGAGGAGGGACAAUGUGUUUGUGGGGAACGUCGACAACGACAGCACCAAGACCAACCUGUUUGACCCGCCGAUCGUUGCCCAGUACAUCCGCAUCAUUCCCGUCGUGUGUCGCAAGGCCUGCACGAUGCGCAUGGAGCUGGUGGGCUGUGAACUCAACGUGUCUUCAAACGCUGCAGGUUGUUCAGAGCCGAUGGGCAUGAAGUCCCGGCUGGUGACGGACCGUCAGAUCACGGCCUCCAGCACCUUCCGCACCUGGGGCAUCGAGGCCUUCACCUGGCACCCCCACUACGCCCGGCUGGACAAGCAGGGCAAGACCAACGCCUGGACGGCCGCCACCAACAACCGCUCGGAGUGGCUGCAGGUGGACUUACUGUCUCCCAAGAGGGUCACGGGGAUCAUCACACAGGGGGCCAAGGACUUUGGCUCGGUCCAGUUUGUCACGGCCUUCAAAGUGGCCCACAGUGACGACGGACGGUCCUGGACUGUGGUGAAGGACGAGGCCGCCAAGACAGACAAGAUCUUUGCCGGGAACAGCGACAACAACGUCCACAAAAAGAACAUCUUCGAGCCGCCGUUCUACAGCCGGUACGUCCGCAUCCUGCCCUGGGACUGGCACGAGCGCAUCACCCUGCGGAUGGAGCUCCUGGGCUGUGACGAGUAACGCAGCGCUGCAGCCGUCCCCCCUCUCCUUCUCCUCCUCCCUGUUCCCCUCCCCCCCUCCCUCCCUCCCUCCUGAGCCACACCUGCACUGCCUUGCUCUCAGCCCUAGGGGGCAGCAGACUCCAGCGAACCCUGGCUGAGCAGUGAGCGUUGUUACCUCCUUUUGGCUUGAUGAAUUGAUUAUUGAUUUUUUUUCAUUCUGAACUGAGUCUAUGAUCACUUCAUGAUUCCUCAUCUGUCGGCUGAAGUGAAGAUGGUGACCCCCCAUCAUUCAGAGGUCAGAGGUAACAACACCACUGCCGUGUCAGUCGGUGCUGCCUGGACUCUGAUCUUCAAUCAGUUCUACCUGGAACAUUCUAAACCUCCAAGACCCACAGCUGGUGAUGUACAUAUUCUCUACAGACAGCUUGCACGCGUCCUUUAACCCAACUCUCAAUGUCCUGUCAAAACCCACAAAGUACCUAUGGUAUUUAGGAGAUGCACUGAGAUGUGUGGUUGAUUAUUUUUCUUCAUAAAGUUUACAGACAUUAAAGCAUGGUGCUUUGAGCUUUUUCAGAGCAUUUUUGUUAGGAUUUAGGUUGAAAGAAAAAAGAAAAAAACCCUCAAUCUUCCUCAUGAAGCAAAACUAAGAUGCCAAACAUCUCAGGAUGUCCCACAGCGUGAUGCAGUGUUUCUCUGCUGUGAUUUAGACUGUAAAAUCCUCACUCUGUGUUCUCUCUUGUACAUUUAUUUAAGCUACUUUAAGAGAUUUAACAUCUGAGGUGCAGAAAUAGAAAUUCAACCACAUACAGCAGCCAAAAACAGUUUUCCCGUGUGGAAAAGCAUAUUAAUAAUCUGUUUUCAACAUUGUGUCAUUUGGUGACAGCCCACCCUCCAGUGGUCAUGUCCGCCUGUUCAUUUAGAGAAUUCCAGAGUGGUGCAGUGGCGCAGACACAGAGGGAACAAAAGAGGAAUCAAACAUCUUAAGUCUGUCUUUGUGGGGCAUAAUCAGUCAAUGGAGCAUCACAAUUAGUGAGCCUGGAAGCCAAACAGAUGUGAUCUCUAAAGGCCAGAGGCGACUCCCUCAUUGAUGGACAGGAUGCUGUAAACAAAGGACUCAAGGAGUCGAAGGUCACUGUUGUGUGAGGAGGAAAAGAAACAUUUUAUAGCGUCUGAGGAAAUAACUGGUGAGAUUUACAUUCUCUGCUGCCGUCAAGUUGCUGUGUUCAGAUUCUUUAAAAAAAAAAAAAAGUAUUUGUUCUCAAGUUUUGAAGUUUUCCUGUUUUCAGAAAAACCAUCUCACUCUUAAUCAGUGGUUGUUUGAGACAUUCCACCACAUGUUUCCCUCUAUGACCGUUAUUUGCUGCAGCACAUGUGUAUCAAAUGUCACUAAAUGGUGCGUUUGAGGAAACAGUGUUGGGUCAGUGUCUCUUUUCUCUGAGAGACUGUGAGGGGGCGUGUUUACAGGGGGACGUCUCGUCUUUCUGUGAGUCUCUAAACCAUUUUAGAUGCUGGCGGGUUUUUUUCUAGAUGAUUUCAAAGCUAUUUAAAACAAAAAAAACUGAAUUCAGGAUUCCUGGAAUAGCUAACAGCCUUCGAUGUAUUAUACCUUACACUAGUGUUUUGCUACAGUGACAGUAUUAAAUGAGUAAUAGUUACAUUAAAUAGCGGCCUGUGUUAACUGCUUGAUCAGCCCCCCCAAACGUAGAGAUGAGCUGUAACGUAGCUUGAAAAGCAAACGGUGGAUGUUGUUUUCUCAGGCCAGAGCGGAUCUGCUCCUGAUGUACAGUCGAUGCUACUGAACGCCACUCGCUCACUUGCCUCUGCUUCUAGUCGUGUUCACACAGUUUGACUUUUAUAAAGCACUUUGAUGUUUCUCUGUUAUAUUUGAAUUGUUAAAACACCCCCCCCCCCCCCCACCAAAAAAACAAAUUGUAUUGUGCAGUGAAGAAUGAACAUAUUAAUUAUUUGAUGUCAAAUUGAAAUGAGAAAAAUGGACUGGCAGUUCAGAGUCUUUGUUAGAUUUGAAUGUCAGGGAAAUUCUGUCAACUUGCAUAUGCGUCGUACACUUGUCCACAUUCUCUCUCUUAAUGUUUGCGGCAGAUCUUUUUUUUUUUUUUUCUUGUUGUGGGGGGGGGGUUCCAGUGUUAUGCCUGCAGUUGAAAGCUGCAGCCCGGCUGAUAAGCCCGUAAGAGAGGAAUCAAAUUAAAAUGGAUUUUUUACGCUUCCACUGGACACGACGUGACUCGACCCGCCAUAUCAUCCGCUCCCGAAACAACCCGACACAAGAUUCUAAACCCUCCCACCCCAUGAAUUAUGAAUUAUGGGCUUGUGCAAUAUUAUACCGUGUUAGUUUUGAUAACAAUGAAUAAUAAUUUGAGCUCCUUUAAAAAAUGCAUGAGGGUACAGCAGUGCCACUGAGAGGCCGCAAGAUAGAUGCCGGUCUCACACGCUGUACAAUAUUUAUGAUUGUUGCAGGCGUUUCCAGAAGUGGCCGUCCUCGCUCCCCACGUCUUGCAUGCGUUUUAUUUUUCCCACUAAUGUCUGUUAGAAUCAACUAAUUUGACUUUAAUGGUGACAUAGCUGCCCUAGGUUAACAUGGAUAUGUUGUUCCCCUGCUGUUCUGGUUUUCUAUGAUCCAAAAUCAAUGUUUUUUAUGGUAUUAUAAGUUCAUUUCUUGCUAUACUGACUGUUCAUAGAAUUUUGAAUGGUUUUGAAGCUUUGUUGUUUUUUUUUAUUCCAGUAUUGUGUUUCUAAGAGGACCUUAUGUUUGUCCUUUGUAUCUUAAAAAAUAAAAGAAUAAAUAAAGAAGCUGGGAAAAA